AUGGUAUCCAACCUCAAAGGUGGCAAUCAAGUCCUGAACCUCAAGAAGAAGCAGGUGCUGGCAGCCCUAAACCAGGCUGCGGCCGAACCGGGGGAGAAAGUCACCGUGCCAGGCCGUGUGGCCGGCGGUGAUGAGCACAAGGCAGGUGGGGACAGUGCCUUGCUGCAUCCCCAGCAUCUGCAACUGUGCCAGAAACCAAUGCAACAAUGGCUGGUCCAUGCUGGGGCCCAGCACCUGGCACUGGACGCCCCGGGGCCACAGCCCGACCCCGACGGCGGGGACGCCCCAGGCCACGAGCCCGGGGGCAGUCCCCAGGACGAGUUCGACUUCUCCAUCCUCUUCGACUAUGACUAUCUGAAUCCCAUCCCAGAAGAACCGAAUGCACAUAAGGUCGUCAGCCCACACUCCGGAAUCUACCCCGAUGAUGUCCCGGACUAUGGCCCCAAGCCCUACAGCCCCCUGGCCAGUUUCCCGGGCGAGCCCCCCGGCCGGUUCGCAGAGCCCGAUAGGGUCGGGCCCCCGAACUUUCUGAGCCCGGCCAAGCCAGCGGGGGCCUCGGGCCUGAGCCCUCGGAUCGAGAUCACUCCGUCCCACGAACUGAUGCAGGCAGGGGGGUCCCUCCGCGCCAGGGACUGCGCCCUGCUGGUGGAGCCGCCGGCGGCCGGCCCGAGGUUCACGCUGCCCGUGCCCGGCUUCGAGGGCUACCGCGAGCCGCUUUGCUUGAGCCCCGCUAGCAGCGGCUCCUCUGCCAGCUUCAUUUCCGACACCUUCUCCCCCUACACCUCGCCCUGCGUCUCGCCCAAUAACGGCGCGCCCGACGACCUGUGUCCGCAGUUUCAAAACAUCCCUGCUCAUUAUUCCCCCAGAACCUCGCCAAUAAUGUCACCUCGAACCAGCCUCGCCGACGACAGCUGCCAGGGCCGCCACUCGCCCGUGCCGCGUCCGGCCUCGCGCUCCUCGUCGCCCGGCGCCAAGCGGAGGCACUCGUGCGCCGAGGCCCCGGUCGCCCCGCGGCCCGCAGCCUCGCCCCAGCGUGAGCCGGGCUCCAGGGUGGUCCGUCCCCGAGGGUGCGGCUGA